AAAAAAUAUUUUAAAAGCUUUGGAAUUCCUGUAACUUUUCUGAUGGAAAAAAGACAGAAUUGUAUUUUAUUGCAAGUAAAAGGAAUGUUUUUUUUAUUUAAAGACAUGUGUCGCUUCAUUACUUUCUGUUUCUUUAGAUAAAAACCAGAAAAAAACGCAAUGUCGACUAAUAACACUUGGAAUGCUACUACAUCAAAUAACAGUUCUAGUAUCGUUAACCCAUUGCUUCUGAAUUGUUCAAACUACAACCCAGAAUUGCAUAAAAAUUUGACAUUUCCAAGUCUGCCAUACCGUUCUAGGUCAUGGGUUGUGUGCUCGGUCACGCAUGCUAUUGGAUUGGUUGCGUUUAUAUACCUAUGUAUUGUGAUCGUGAACUAUGAGCUCCAAUGUCGAAAAGAAAGACGAAGAAAAAUCGCUGAAACGGUCAGUAAGCAUGUAUUGUAUGGAAGAAUAUUCUCUCCGAUUAUAUCAGUCUUGACCAUUACUGUAAUACUAGUUGAUGGUAUUGACAUCUUCCUGGGCACCAAGAGCGACGUUGCAUGUCGUAUUUACAACCAUACUGGCUUGGUAAUGUGUUGGGCAGUGGAAACUCUAUUCUACGUCAGCCUUUGGUCGCGACAGAUGUUUCUAUACACCUCCAGUCCGUAUACGUUUUUCAAAGGCAAAAAGCUGUAUGUGUUUAACUACCUUUUUUUGUUUUUCAUGCUAGCAGGGAUAUCCGGCGUCAGAACAAUUAGUCACGUAACACCAGUUUUUCACGGGCCGGUUGGGUGUUGUUUUGGGAGAAUCAGUGUUGCAGAAUCCGAAAUAAUGUUGGCGCUAAUGUGCGUUAGAGGUUUUAGCCAAGUGACCCUGCUUUGUCUUAUGUUGUACCCCCUAAUUACUUCACGUAAAAUCUCCCCUGAUAUUGUAUCAGAUAACGCAAUGCGUAAAAAUAUUCGAACAACAAGACAAUUAAUUAAACGGGUCGUGAUUAGCACUACCGGGUGCAUAUUCACAGACGCUUUAGGAGCUGUGCUGAUAUACGUUGUACACGAUGAAUAUACACUUUUAUCUCUCGCCACUGUACUACUAUCUAAUGUUUUCGGAUGUUAUGUGUUCAUGAAUUUGGCUUAUGUAGACUGGAGAAAGCGUUUACUGUUUCGCACUAACUAA